AUGUCGGAUCAAGAUUUCGAGGAAUGCGGUGGUUUCUCGGAGGACGGCCUGUCAGAUGACGAAGAUGCCAUCCCAAUAUACCCAGAGGGAGAGGCCCUUUGCAAUGACGGCUCAAUAGUGAAAGCAGAUACUAUUCAACAGCUUCAGGACGCAAUCAACGCCCACGGCAAGGCCAACGGGUAUGCAGUAAAUCGCCAGAACGCCUCCAACCGUAUAGCAGGCCAAUCGACUUACUACACCAUCGUCUGUGACCGCUUCGGUUUGCCCAGACCUACCGAGGGAGUCCGGCUACGCAAGUCCAGCACUCGCAAGUCUGGCUGCAAGUUCAAAGCAUCGGCAAAGCUCACAGAUGAAGGAUGGGUGUUCAGGCAUCAUAAGGAUCCUCGUUACCACAUAAAGUCCCCGGCCAAGAACCUUGUGAAGAAGAUGUCCAGCUAUAGCGCCAUCAAAGCACGCGAGAUUAGCAAGAUGGUAGAGGAGGAGGAACCCAAUUCGCACUUCACCAUCAAGGAUAUCAACAACGCCAGACGGGCAUUCCGUCGACAGGAAAAGGAUGGUUGUACUGCCUCCGGGGCUGUGAUCAAGGCUAUUGACCAGGAAGGAGUCCUAUAUGUCCCGAAAUGGGAUACCCGAGAUCCCAACCGCCUUUUGGGCAUCGCUCUUACCUUCCCAGAGUGUCAGGAGAUGUGGAAGCGCUUCCCAGACUGCCUCAGUUUUGACAAUACUCACAGUACCAACGCACUUGGAUUUCCCCUGUUUGUUAUUAUCACCCAGACGAAUAUCAACUCUACUGCAAACGUUGCCUUCGGCUUGAUCAAUAACGAACGCCGUGAGGGCUUUGAUUUCCUUUCUCAGGGAGUCAAGGAACUCCAGGUCCAACUUGAAGCCCGAUCUCCAGCCGUAACGAUCACUGAUAAAGACGAAAGGAUGAGGGACGCCCUGAAGGAGACGUUUCCGGAUGCCCAACAACAGCUGUGCCGUUUCCAUAUCAACAAGAACGUUCUCCUCCAGGCAAAGAAGAAGGGGAAAUGGCCUCGCCUGCCCGACCAAGUUGCAGCUGAUGAGGAGGGUCUUUGUGAUAUCGACAACUACGAUGGUGACGGGCUAGCGGAGCUAAUCAAGCUGCACGACAUCCGGAACCCGGAGAACAACAACGAGGUCCUGCCACCUGUCCCUUUCAAUCUGAUGUUCAAGUCUACCAAAGGACCGAGCACUGCAGCGCCCAUCUAUCUGCGACCCGAAACGGCCCAGGGGCAGUUCUUGAACUUCAAAAAGCUGCUGGAAUACAACCAGGGCUCCAUGCCAUUCGCGUCAGCCAGCAUUGGAAACAAGCAAGCACUAGAGGUCUUGUUAGAGGAAGCCAAGUACGACCUCCUGGAGGUGCAGGAACCAUGGAUCAACAGGGAGACGAAGUUUACGUACUGCCCCCGGAGCAGCAAAUACCAUCUGGUGUUCAAGCUCGAGGGGCGAGCAGCGAUAUAUGUGAGCAAGAAAUUCGAGAUCGGGCAGUGGGACUCCGAGGUUUCGGAGAACUGGUGUCGCGUACGGUUCCCAGAGGCGGACCUAGGCCAAGAAGGCCACGGGCUCGAGCUAUGGUCCGUCUACAACCCCCCGAACGGUGAGAACGUACCACAGGCCCUCCAGGGACGGCCGAGGCCAGACCACCCAGUAGUUCUGGCGGGGGACUUUAACCUGCAGCACCCGCUGUGGGACGAAUUCGGACGCUACGAAAGGGGAGCCGAAGAUCUGUUACAAAUAAGCUCCCUGUGGGACCUUACCAUCAGGACGCCGAGGGGAGCAGUUACGCGAGCUCCCCAGGAGCGGCAACGAGGCCGCACGUCAACCAUCGAUCACUUUUGGGCCUCGGAGUGCAUCCAUACGGUAUACCACGGGGAAGAGUGCCGUGGCAAGUCAGACCACUACCCGCAAGUGCUCGAGAUUGGGACAGGGACUGGGCCGAGGCCGGCCCAACCAGUGGGAUGGGCCUGGAAGAAGAUGGAUAGAGAAAGGGUGAAAGCCGAAUCAGCACUGCUCUGCGAGGUGAUGGGCCUCAUAGACCCGGGGCCAAAUGGACUGGUGGCUAGAAUCCGGACGACCGAAGGUCUCGGCAGAGCAUUCGACAACCUAGUCGAAUGGCUCACCUGGGUCGCUGGGGAGAGCACCCCACGGAAGAAGGCCAAUUGCGGCUUCAGCUCUCCUUGGUGGACCAGGGAAGUGCAACAGGCUGCCCGGGAGGCUAGGAGAGCCGAGAGAUUGGCCAAGGAGACCCGGGCAGAGUACUGUUGGGAAGAGCUCAGCGAGAGGCUCAAGGACCUCGCCAGGUCAACCCGCGAAGCACGGACGAGGGCUUGGAGGAGCGACCUGCAGAAGGCAAGCGAGGCGAGAAAACCUGACCGGAUGUGGAGCCUGGAAAGAUGGGCCAGACUACGGAGCUUUCUACCGCCUGAACCACCGAAACUACCGGCAUUCAAGAAUUCGUCUGGGCAAGUGACGGCUGAAACGCAUGACCAGAAAGCCAACGCCCUGGCCGAGAGGUUCUUCCCGAGCCCCCCGGCCAAUCUCACAGACGUGCAAGACCAAACCUUCCUGAACAGCCCAGACGCGGGCUCCGACGUCUCACUAGCCAGUGACGCCGGCCGAGAUCACGAGGGCGAUAGGAGGAGCGAGCCCCUGGAAGGCGCCAGGGGAGGACCUGCUCCCGAUAGGCCUUCUGAAGGCGUACGGAGCACCGCUCCGCCGGUGUAUCAGACCCCGGGGGGAUACAGGCCCAUUGCUCUGCUACCAACCCUGGGGAAAGUAAUAGAGUCGGUGGUCGCCACGAAGAUCACCCUAGCGGCAGAGACCAACGGCCUGCUCCCAGACGAACAAAUGGGAGACAGGGCACACCGCUCCACGGAACUAGCUGUCCGGCUAGUGGUAGCCCAGGUCCAGGAGGCGUGGAGACAGAAGGGUGCGGCGUCUCUAUUGCAACUGGACAUUUCAGGAGCCUUUGACACGGUCAACCAUACCCGACUGCUAGCAACUCUGCGGGAAAUGGGCUACCCGGGGUGGCUGGUUCUCUGGAUAAGAGACUGGUUGACCGGCCGAGAGGCCACCCUCCUUUUCGACGGCAAGGCAGCGACCCCAACGGCGAUUCGGGCAGGGUUCCCCCAGGGCUCACCCCUUUCACCGGUCCUUUUCAUUCUCUACAUUGCCUCUCUAUACAAGCAGCUGAAGGACGAACAUCCCCACUUGGCUAUUGUGGGGUUUGCGGAUGACACCAACCUCCUGGCUUUCGGCCGAAACCCCGAGGUUAACAUCCGGCAGCUGGAAGGGGCAUGGGAAACGUGUCUACGAUGGGCGGAAAGUCGGGGGAUGAAGUUCGCCGCGGAAAAGAGCGAACUCAUCCAUUGCAACAAGGGGCGACGACAGUGGACCAAACAGGUAAACCUUACUAACACAGGGGGAGGCACUAGCCCCGUCAAACCAGAAGGGUCUGCCAGAUUCCUGGGAGUCUGGCUGGACUGGAAACUCAACUGGAAAGCUCACCUGGUGGCGGUGGAAAGGAAGCUGAGGACCCAGAGCUACGCCCCGACGAGGAUCGUGGCAAAGACGUGGGCAAUGGGGCUAGCCAAAGCACGAGAAGUAUACACAAAGUGCAUCCGGUCGGCGCUGGCCUAUGGCGCAUCAUCGUUUCACAUCCCCACGGAUGUGGGAGGCGAGCCGGUAAAGAAAGGCAUCACCAAAGCCCUCGGGAAGGCCCAGAACAAGAGCUUGCGGAUCGUGGCGGGAGCCUUUAAGUCUACCCCAAUCCGUAACCUCGAGACAGAGACGUGGGUCCCACCAUUGGACUUGUACCUAAACAAACGGCUUGCCGAUUUCGAAAACCGACUCCAACGACCCGAUCUGGACGACGGUCAAGGCGUCGAAUGGUCCAAAGUGCGGUUCAGACAGCAUCUCGCCAACGAGAUGGCGCACUACGCUUGCGAUUUCUGGGAUGCGGAACUCCUCACGAGCCACGGCUGGAUCGAGUGCGUUGGUCUCGCUGACCGCAGCGCGUAUGACUUGACGGUGCAUGCCGAGUACACCGGUACCUCUUUAGCCGUCAAGGAGCCGCUUCCAGAACCUAUAAAGCUGGAAGAGUGGCAGGCAACUCUUGAUCAGAAGCGUGCUGGGCCACGUUUCAAGAAAGUUGCUAAGGCAAUCCAGUCGGCCAUCGAAGCUUUGGAUCAAGCUGCCCUUGAACGACUGGCUUCUGAACUCGAGGAGAACGGGGCCGUGGCCAUCGAGACACCACCUCUAUCUGACGGGACCACGCGAGUGGAGUUAACGAAAGAGCUUUUAUCGAUUUUUAAAAUUACUCGCUUUCAGAACACUCGCGAAUACACCCCAAACGUGAAUGAGCCGUCCUUUGGCAUCGGGCGAAUCCUCUACAGUCUGCUGGAACAAGUGUACUGGUAUCGACCUGACGAUGCUGCCAGAGCGGUCUUUUCCUUGCCUCUUGCCGUGGCACCCAACAAAGUUCUGAUCGUCCCUCUCUAUUCCAACCCCCAACUCAAUCCCAUCACUCACAAGCUCUCCGCCCGGCUGCGCAAGAUGGGCAUCACAAACAUCAUCGAUGCGUCGAGCGCAUCCAUCGGCAAGCGAUGUGCCCGAAACGAUGAACUGGGAAUCCCGCUGGGUGUAACAGUUGACUUUCAAACGCUGAGAGACGGGUCAGUGACCUUGCGGGAGCGGGAUUCCAUGUUUCAAGUCAGAGGGUCGGAGGAAGAUGUUGUAGCGGCUAUCAAGGGGUUGGUGGAGGGGACCGAGGGGUGGGACCAAGUCAUGCGAAAGAUGCUGCCAUUCCGUGGACAGGAAGAAGAUAAGUACAGCACUAAAUAA